UUUACUUUGUGUGCGUGUGUGUUUUGUGUCAGUGUGUGUGUAGAAAAGAACAAGAGCGCGUGUUGAGCUCAUUUUUCCUCCGAUAAAUUGUGAAUUUCCCAGUUUUCUUGUAAGUUUUCUGCGUGGAAAAAUGGUGCCCAAGAAUGAGACUCAAAAGGCGAAGCCCCAGGCGAGUGCUUACAAGGAUAAAAGUAAGCCGGCAGAUAUCCGGAUGAGCAAUAUAAAUGCAGCAAAAGCUGUUUCCGAUGCCAUCCGGACAAGUUUGGGGCCUCGUGGGAUGGAUAAGAUGAUUCAGGCGGGCAAUGGGGAGGUGACAAUUACCAAUGAUGGCGCAACAAUCCUCAAGCAGAUGAAUGUCAUCCAUCCAGCUGCAAAGAUGCUCGUUGAGCUCUCGAGGGCACAGGAUAUUGAGGCUGGGGAUGGAACUACGUCCGUUGUGGUGGUGGCUGGAGCACUUCUUGAAGCUUCUGAGAAACUCCUGCAGAUGGGCAUUCAUCCCACCGCCAUUUCGGAUGCAUUCCAACGGUGUGCUGCUAAAGCUGUGGAGAUUCUCGAUGAGAUGUCCAUUCCCAUUGAACUGGGUGACCACGAGAGUCUCGUGAAGAGUGCCUCCACAUCGCUCAACUCCAAAGUUGUGUCGCAGUACAGUGGACUCCUGGCCCCACUUGCCGUGGAGGCUGUUCUGAAGGUGGCUGACACCACGCGCAAUGAUGUGGUUGAUCUCAAGGACAUCAAGUGCAUCCGUAGCCUCGGUGGCACCAUUGAGGACACCGAACUUGUCGACGGGCUCGUCUUUACGCAGCGUGCUUCCGGGAAUAAUGGACCGAAACGCCUGGAGAAGGCUCGUAUUGGACUCAUUCAGUUCUGCAUUUCUCCCCCGAAGACGGACAUGGAUCACAGUGUCAUCGUUGCGGACUACGCUGCCAUGGAUCGUGUGCUGAAGCAGGAGCGCGAGUACAUUCUCAAUAUUGUGAAGCAGAUCAAGAAGACCGGCUGCAACGUGCUCCUCGUGCAGAAAUCCAUCCUCCGUGAUGCCAUCUCAGAUCUCGCUCAGCACUUCCUGGACAAGAUUAAGGUGAUGGUGGUUAAGGACAUCGAACGGGAGGACAUUGAAUUUGUCUGCAAGACCCUCAGCUGCCGCCCCAUUGCUUCAUUGGAUCACUUUGUGGCUGAGAAUCUCGUCUCUGCCGACCUGGCGGAGGAAGUUCCCAGUGGGACGAAUAAGUUUGUCAAGAUCACAGGCAUCCAGAACCCAGGGAAGACCGUGUCAGUGGUACUCCGUGGCUCCAAUAAGCUCGUCCUGGAGGAGGUGGAUCGUUCCCUGCACGAUGCUCUCUGUGUUGUGCGGUGCCUCGUGAGGAAGCGUCGUCUGAUUGCCGGUGGUGGUGCCCCCGAGACCGAGAUGGCCCUACAAUUGGCCAAUCAUGCUCAGACCCUCGUUGGCGUUGACGCCUACUGCUUCCGUGCCUUUGCCGAGGCCCUGGAGGUCAUCCCGUCGACACUGGCUGAGAAUGCCGGGCUCAAUCCCAUCUCAACUGUCACCGAGCUGAGGAAUCGUCAUGCACAGGGCGAGAAGAAUGCCGGGAUUAACGUACGCAAGGGCGCCAUCACGGACAUUCUCACGGAGAAUGUGGUUCAGCCACUCCUGGUCUCCACAUCAGCUGUCACCCUGGCAUCUGAGACGGUGCGGUCAAUCCUCAAGAUUGACGACAUUGUCAAUACCAUCAACUAAUCCUCAGAAUAGUAUUUUUAUUCGUCUUUUCUUUUCAACACGUGAGCGCCCCCAUCCUCAGGCUUCUUAUUAUUUGUAAUGCACGCAGGAGAGCCCUUAGAAAACAAAUUUCUAAUAAACAUCAUUUACUUACUAA